AUGACAAUAUUGCACAGCACACCCGCACCCACACCCACGGUUGACCCUUCAAACCCCAACAUAUUACGAUGGGACGAUAUCGGGCUAAUGCUGAUCCACGAUUUCAUCACCCAAAAUGACGAGGCGACCAUGAUUGAGGCUUUUCACGCCCAAGACCCGCUCACAGAAAUCCAAGGGAACUUGAGGAAGCGCAUCAGUCAGCAUUUCGGCUACCAUUUCGACUACACCACCUUCGGAGCAUCAGACACCCGCUUCACUCCCGUCCCGGACUACAUCACGAACUUCCUCCCGCACCUGCCCAUCCAAAACCCCCUCCCCGACCAGUUCACCGUGCAGUACUACCCGCCCGGCAGCGGCAUCCCCCCGCACGUCGACACCCAUUCCAUGUUCGGCGAGGCCCUGUACAGCCUGUCCUUUGGCAGCGCCGUGCCAAUGCAGUUCCGCAUGUCCGGCGCCAACGACGCGCGCAAGAUGCGCCUCCCCAAGCGAUCGGUGCAGCAGCAGCAGAAGCAGCAGCAACAACAACAACAACAAAAUACCACCACCAACCCCCCCUCCCCCCCUUCCGCCACCACCACCUCCCAAGAACCACCACAACCCCAAACCCUCCCACCCUCCGACCCCUCCGACCACCACCCAACCUGGGAGAUCCUGCUCCCCGCGCGAUCGUUGCUGCUGAUGACGGGUGCCGCGCGGUACGGCUACACGCACGCGAUCCGGCCGCGCAAGACCGACGUGAUCGGCGAUAGUGGGGAGGCCGUGCCGAGACAGGGCCGGUACUCGAUCACGAUGCGCAGCGUCCGGCGCGGGGAUGAGAUCGGGUGCGAUUGUGCGUUUCCGGGGGUUUGUGAUGCGAGGGUGAGGGAGGAGAUGGAGAGGGGUGGUGGUGAGAGUGGUGGUGCUGCUGCGGCGAGGCAGCCUUAG